CCAGUACGCUAACAGCAAUGAAGCAGUUCACAUUCAAAGGCCUGAUGGCUCCCGUGUUCACGGGAUAUCUCGGUGUUAAAGACAAAACAAUCAACUACGAAAUUAUUCUUCCAUAUGCAAAGCACCUGAAGGCAAAAGGUGUGGAUGCAGUUUUAGUGAAUGGUACUUCAGGCGAAGGGAUGCUGUUGAGCGUUGAAGAACGGAAGCAAGUCACAGAAGCAUGGAAGAAAGCCUGCACAGAAAAUAAGCUAAUUAUGAUGACUCAAAUUGGAGGGGCGCCCUACCCAGAUGUUGUCGCUUUAGCUAAGCAUGCCGAACAAAUCGGUGUGGACAGUGUGUUAUGUUUGCCAGAGUUGUACUUCAAACCGAAGUCGCCGGAGAAGUUAACCGAAUAUCUGCAAAAUAUUGCUUCUCACUGCCCCACGACACCGUUUUUCUAUUAUCACAUUCCGAUGUUUACCGAUGUCAACGUUAAUAUGCCAUCUUUCUUGGAUAUGGCCGAGAAUGUGAUUCCCAACUUUCGGGGCAUUAAAUAUACCAGCGGCGAACUGGAUCAGGGAUCCUGCUGUCUUAAAACGGGAAGAACAAUCUUUCUAGGAGCAGAUUCAAUACUUUGCCCAGCCGUAGCAGCCGGGUUCGAUUCUUUUAUUAUGACUACGUUGAACAUUUGCCCAGAAUUGUCUAUUAAAAUUAUUGAAGACAUGCGGGAUGGUAAAGUGGAGGAAGCGAGAAAGACUCAACAGCAACUGAAUGGUAAAAUUGCCGAUAUUCUGCAGCACGGUGACUGGGUAAGUGCUAUGAAAAAAGCGUUUAAUGAAAGUUGCGACUUGAAUCUUGGUAAAACUAGAGCUCCGUUGAAUUACGAUUUCUAAUUAGAGUUGAAGAAAUAAAU